GGGGAAGGGGAGGGGGUGCCUGGAGAGGCGGCGGCUCGCGCGCCUGCGCAUCCAGCUCCAGGGACCCUAGAUUUUCUAUGGGAUUCCCAAUCUGCAGCAGAGACUUACCGGAGCGUGUAGCGGCGGCUGCUGCUGGCCUUGCAAGGCGCUAUCCAAGAGAGAUUUAAGCAGCCUAGAGCUCCAGAGGGAAAAAAAAACGCGAGAGGACCACACAGAGAGACGGCUUAACAGUUUAUCUGAAUUGAAUAUAUACAUACAUAUAUUUACUUAUAAAGAACUAUUGAGUUUUAUCGUUUUCGUUAAGUGACCGGGCGCAGCGCUAUAACUGCAGAAUGGGGAAGCAGAAUAGCAAACUGGCCCCUGAAGUGAUGGAGGACCUGGUGAAGAGCACAGAAUUUAAUGAGCAUGAACUCAAGCAGUGGUACAAAGGCUUUCUCAAGGACUGUCCAAGUGGGAGGCUGAAUCUCGAGGAAUUUCAGCAACUCUACGUGAAGUUCUUCCCGUAUGGGGACGCCUCCAAGUUUGCCCAGCACGCCUUCCGGACCUUUGACAAGAACGGGGAUGGCACCAUCGACUUCCGAGAGUUCAUCUGCGCCCUGUCCAUCACCUCCAGGGGCAGCUUUGAGCAGAAGCUGAACUGGGCCUUCAACAUGUACGACCUGGACGGGGAUGGCAAGAUCACCCGGGUGGAGAUGCUGGAGAUCAUUGAGGCAAUCUACAAAAUGGUGGGCACGGUGAUCAUGAUGAAAAUGAAUGAGGAUGGCCUCACGCCCGAGCAGCGAGUAGACAAGAUUUUCAGCAAGAUGGAUAAGAACAAAGAUGACCAGAUUACACUGGAUGAAUUCAAAGAAGCUGCGAAGAGCGACCCUUCCAUCGUAUUACUUCUGCAGUGCGACAUUCAGAAAUGAGCGGAGGUCAUCACGACGGACUGCACAGAAAUCCCAAUGUUCCAUUCAGUCUGCAGCUAUUAUACACACACACACAAACACACACACACACACACACACACACAAA